UGUGACUGAGGUUGUGACGGGAUAACUCUGAGAAAAAAACAAAUACAAGAGGACAUGCUGUGCUCGGCCUCGUCGCCGACUCCUCCCGCCGGCGGGCAUGCCGCCGCCGACCACCACGCGCGCCUAAGGUCAGCGGCCGCGCGCUCCGACCUGCCGGGCGCGCUCGCAGCCUUCGCCGCCAUGUCCUCCUCCGCGUCCGCCAGCCCCGUCCUCCGCACCUUCACCUCCCUCCUCAAGCUCUGCGCGGCGCGCGCCGACCUCGCGACCGGCCGCGCCGUCCACGCGCAGCUCGCCGCGCGGGGGCUCUCCGCGGAGUCCCUCGCCGCCACGGCGCUGGCCAACAUGUACGCCAAGUGCCGCCGGCCGGGCGACGCGCGCAGGGUGUUCGACCGUAUGCCCGUGCGCGACCGCGUCGCCUGGAACGCGCUCGUGGCCGGGUACGCGCGGAACGGGCUCGCCGGGGCCGCCAUGGAGAUGUUCGUCCGGAUGCAGGAGGAGGACGGGGAGCGGCCCGACUCCGUCACGCUGGUGUCUGUGCUGCCCGCUUGCGCCGACGCCCAGGCGCUCGGGGCCUGCCGUGAGGUGCACGGGUUUGCGGUCCGUGCUAGCUUCGACGAGCUCGUCAAUGUCUCCACUGCGAUCCUUGAUGUGUACUGCAAGUGCGGGGCGGUUGAGGUUGCCAGGUCUGUCUUCGAUCGGAUGCCGGACAAGAACUCUGUUUCUUGGAAUGCCAUGAUCAAGGGGUAUGCUGAGAAUGGGGAUGCCACUGAGGCUCUCAUGCUGUUCAAGAGGAUGGUGGGGGAGGGUGUUGAUGUGACGGACGUAUCUGUGCUGGCAGCAUUGCACGCCUGCGGUGAGCUUGGGUAUCUUGAUGAGGGGAGACGUGUCCAUGAGCUACUCAUGAGAAUUGGGCUGGAGUCAAAUGUGUCGGUGAUGAAUGCGCUGAUCACCAUGUACUCCAAAUGCAAGAGGACCGACCUCGCUGGCCAGGUUUUCGAUGAGGUGCGCUACAAGACACGGAUCUCCUGGAACGCCAUGAUCCUCGGGUGCACACAGAAUGGAAGGUCAGAAGAUGCAGUGAGGCUCUUCUCUAGGAUGCAGCUGAAAAAUGUGAAGCCUGAUUCGUUCACUCUCGUCAGUGUCAUUCCUGCACUUGCAGACAUCUCAGAUCCACUGCAGGCAAGAUGGAUCCAUGGAUACUCUAUCAGGAUGCACCUAGAUCAGGAUGUGUAUGUUCUGACAGCCCUUAUUGACAUGUAUGCAAAAUGCGGCCGUGUCAGUAUAGCUAGAAGUCUCUUCAACUCAGCAAGGGAGAAGCAUGUUAUCACAUGGAAUGCGAUGAUCCAUGGGUACGGCUCACAUGGUUUUGGCAAGGUUGCAGUUGACCUGUUUGAAGAGAUGAAAAGUUCUGGCAGAGUGCCCAACGAGACAACAUUCCUUUCGGUCCUCUCGGCAUGCAGUCAUGCUGGUUUGGUUGAUGAAGGGCGGAAAUAUUUUUCGAGCAUGAAGGACGGCUAUGGGCUUGAACCUGGGAUGGAGCACUAUGGUACCAUGGUGGAUCUUCUUGGCCGAGCUGGGAAGCUAGAUGAAGCAUGGUCUUUUAUCCAAAAGAUGCCUAUGGACCCUGGCAUUAGUGUUUAUGGUGCAUUGUUAGGCGCUUGCAAGUUGCACAAGAAUGUGGAAUUGGCAGAAGAAUCAGCGCAGAGGAUCUUUGAGCUAGGGCCAGAUGAAGGUGUGUAUCAUGUCCUCCUAGCUAACAUUUAUGCAAAUGCCUCAAUGUUGAAGGAUGUUGCAAGGGUUAGAACUGCUAUGGAGAAGAAAGGCCUCCAAAAGACUCCUGGAUGGAGUAUUGUGCAGCUCAAGAAUGAGAUUCAUACCUUCUAUUCUGGAAGCACAAAUCACCAGCAGGCAAAGGACAUUUAUGCAAGGUUGGCUAAGCUAAUAGAAGAGAUCAAAGCUGUGGGGUAUGUGCCGGACACUGAUUCGAUACAUGAUGUAGAAGAUGAUGUCAAGGCACAGUUACUCAACACACACAGUGAGAAACUUGCGAUUGCAUAUGGGCUCAUUCGCACAACCCCUGGUACAACAAUUCAGAUAAAGAAGAACCUCCGCGUCUGUAACGACUGUCACAAUGCAACCAAGUUAAUAUCUCUGGUGACAGGACGGGAAAUAAUCAUGAGAGAUAUUCAACGAUUUCACCAUUUUAAGGAUGGUAAAUGUUCAUGUGGAGACUACUGGUAGUGAAGUGUUGAAGGCAGUCUGAAUAUGGAUUUUGAGAUGAUAAAACUUUGUCCAGCUACUAUACAAGUCUAGCAGGUGCCUUUUGUAUUUGCAUCAGGGCUCAAAUUCUGAAGCACCAGGCAGCUCUUUGCCUCUUAUGAUCAUCUAACCUUCUCAGGGAACAUUCUGUAGAUCCCAGUCCAUUUACAUUGGUAUUGUAACACAUUUAACAAUUAUGAUGUUUCUACCUUCAUGUGAAAUAGUGCACAUGGAAGUUGUUAACCACAGAAAACACUGCUAUUUUAUUCUCGUCUGGAAUUAGAUGAUGUACAUGAUGAGUGCAAACUGUUGAUAACUAAUUAACACUUAAGUCUUACCAUUUUGCAUACUUGAGACUGUGAGAUGAGUAUGUAACAACAUCUUGUAUUCUGUAAUGAAUAUCAAGGACUGUAACAACAUUCUGUCCUUUAUUCACCAUUUUGUUCCCACAUUAUCCCAAAAUCCCAUUAAAAAUGGAUUGACAUAUGCAUGUUUACAAUUGAGUAUACGUUGAAUACUUAAUUCUUCUGUUGUAAGUUUUGCGUACUUCGAAGCUAAGGAUCACUUCUCACUCUGAAUUUAGUUUCCAAUUGCUGUUUAAAACUAUUCUACAGUUCUGCUCCAUGGACAUGGCAGCUCUCUUUUGUCUCAGUUUUUUGAACUUUGUGCUGAUGGUGUUGACAUCUGCCUGCCAAUUGUAGCGAUGAACUCCACUGCCACUUUGAGUGCAUUAAUAGAUGCCAGGUUCAUCAGGCUUGUUGAUGACCAUGUUGGUUCCCCUCCAGCCAGAUCAGAUACUCCCCGGAACACAAUCACAGCGCAAAUGUUGCCACAUAUUUAAGUAAAGACUAUGAGAGAUAAGAUAUGGAACCCACCAUCACCACUGCUGCGCUUUCUUCAUCUAUUGUUGACACCGCAAAUUCUCUGAAAAGGAACUUCCGGUAUUCUGCAUUGUCUAGAAACAUGUCGGCUGAUGCUCCUUUUAGCCCAUGAACCACUUGUGGCGUUUUUGUGUACCAUACAGUUUAAAGUGCACAAGAAAUGGGGAAUAAAAGCUAAUUACAGGAGAGUACCUUCCAUGUCCAAGCACCUGUAUAAGCAACUAACUUUGGGACACUGACAUCGCCAAAUGACAUUGAAUCAUUAGAGCUUCCUGCUGUGCCAUAAUGGACAAUACCAGACACAGUAAAGACAUCGAGGAGAGUUUGUACAGUUACAGCUGCAUUCAACUGGAA